UGCUUUUAUAUUAUUUUCUAUUCGCGUUUUGACCGGCGGCUUCGCAGGACGAGCUAAAAUGGCGCAGGAGUUCGUGAAGGCUCACAUUAAAGGCGACAAAGUGGUGCUGUUCAUGAAGCCCACCUGUUCGUACUGCAUCACGGCCCAAGACGUGAUGUCUAAAUACAAGUUCAAACCCGGACACCUGGAGUGUAUCGACAUCAGCAGCCGGAGCGACAUGGGCAGUCUGCAGGACUACUUCCUGGAGCUGACCGGAGCCCGCACGGUCCCUCGGGUGUUCAUCGGCGAGGAGUGUAUUGGAGGUGGAAGUGAUGUAGCAGCCCUGCAUAAGAGUGGUAAACUAGAGGGCAUGCUGGUGUCCAUUGGGGCCCUGCAGUAAUCUGCUUCAGACCUCCAGAGUUUUGGCAUCCAGAUGUGGUCACAUGACUACACAGCGGGACUUGCGUAGCUUGCGUCGUCGCUGCUGGUACUCGCUGAGCUCCUGCAGGUAGCCUCUGGAUGGCCAGCGUAGCCUCUCCACCUGCUCGCGCUC